AUGGGGGAUGCCGGACAGGCACAGAGGAGAAAGUUCUCCUUUACCAUUAAGGACAUCCUGGCCGAGCUUCCUGAGAGUGAAGACAGAGAGGGGGGUGUCGGGCAGGCGGAGGCAUCUGAGGGGCUGCCGCCAUCUCAGGUGAUUGCAUCCACAACCCCAGUAGAGCACCGUGACAACGUCUGCUUGUGCUGCUGCUUCUGUUCUCACUGUGGGGAGUCACUGAAGGCUGACUACCUACCUGUGACUGCGUGCCAAUACAUAUGGUCCAGAGGAAUGCUCCAAGAAGCGUCUAAACCAGCAGAUACCCAUAGCGGCCACGCUGAGGAGCUGUUCUUCGGUCAGAUCCAGAGGCGUUCCCGACGCCACCGCACCAUCUUUACUGAAGACCAGCUGGACGCCUUGGAGGAGCUGUUCGUGCAGAAUCAGUACCCGGACGUCACUGCCAGGGAGCAGCUGGCGCUGCGCACUCAUUUACGGGAGGAGCGAGUGGAGGUAUGGUUUAAGAAUCGCCGAGCCAAAUGGAGAAGACAGAAGAGACUGGCUUUCGGCACAAGUGACCUAAAACAUUGGAGAAAUGUCGAAAGCAAAAACUAAAUCACAGAAAAAAACAGAGCUAUACUAAAAUAUAUUUUAAAAGGCUUAAAGCACUAAUUUGACGUUGCAAUGGCCC